ACCUUUCGAGGGCAAUUCCAGACGUCUUAGCUUCACCCAUUGCUUGUAGAAGUCGUAGUUGAUCAUGUUUCGUUUUAUACCUAAUCAAUAUAUUCAUUCAUUAUUAUUAUUUUAUGUUAUUUGGGAUUGGAAUUUCAGCAUCUUCGAUCCUAUAAGAAAAAUUUUCGGUAAAAGAUCAGUUUCGGCAAGGAUAAAAUAUUCGAGUAAUGUUUGUUCUUCCUGCCACGAAUCUUUUGGAAGUGGGAGAAAAAGGAAAUUAGUUGACGUAUGUGGACAUCAACGAUGUUAUUCCUGUAUCGUUUCCACCGAUAAAUGUCCCAUUUGUCUUACAGAUGGCGUUACGUCUACCAGAAAACGCAUGGGUUUCCUCGAUAAAAUUUUUAAUAAAACUAAAGUCGGCGAUAAAAAAAGAAGGCUCGCCAUCGAUUUUAUUGAAAAUUCCUCGCAUAAGCGAUUGAGACUACAAAACGAAAAUGGAACUUUAACAAAUUCGUCGAUGAGUAUAGACUUUCAGCAAAAUGUUUCCAGGAAAGGAACGUUGGAACGUAACAUUAAAAGAAUUUCAACUCUUUCGAAUGCUUCUCGUAAAUACAUAUUUCAAAAAGAAAACGUUGUAUUAAUUCAAGGAAGACCCGGCUGUGGAAAAACUUCUAUUAUUUUGCGGUUGGUAGAUUAUAGCUGCUUCGGAAGAAAGAACGAAGAGUCGAUUGAUGUAGCUAAUAUUUCUUGCCUUCUAAAACUUUCAAAACAAAUCGUAGGAUAUCACUUCUGUCAAAAAGGCAACAAAUAUACUACUUUAGUUCCUGAAUUUGUUCAUAAUUUAGCAGCACAAUUAUGUCAAGCUCCUAUUCUUCUUCCUUAUAGAAAUUUAUUAUUAAACGAAUUUAGAUAUCACGAAAUUCUCUCUAUGGAAUCGUGCAUUUCCGAUCCUAAGACAGCUUUCAUUCAGGGAAUUCUCGAACCAAUAAAGUUAUUAAUUAGCAACGGAAGUAUUAUGCCAUCAAAUUGCAUUCUGGUAAUCGAUGCUCUGAAUGAAUCGGAAGAUGAACAUAUUAAAAAAUUAAAGCCCUUUUUGUUAAAUAUAAUUUCAAUAUUACCUUCAUGGAUAAAGAUUAUUCUUACUUCGAGAGAUUCUAUUGAAGGUCUAUCGAUCAUUUCACUCGACGAUAUCGACUCAAAUGAUAAUAUUCGAAAAGACAUUUAUGAUUUUAUUAAUAAACGAAUUGAAACCAGUUCCGACAUACAAUCUAAUAUAUUAAACAACAGAACAAGUUCGAAUGGCACCUUUAACAACAGAUUUGCCAAAUUUUUGAGUACAACUAGCCAAGGUUGCUUCCUUUACGUAGAUAACAUUCUUAAUAUGAUGGAAAAAAGACACUUGGUAAUCAAGAGUGAUAGUUUCCGUAUUAUUCCAACUGAUCUAGACCAGAUGUACUUAUUAAUGAUGAAUAUAAAAUUUAAUACUCUCACCUCGUUUGAAAAUAUAAAACCUAUUAUGGAAAUCUGUAUAGCAGCUAUAUAUCCCUUGACUAUGCUAGAAAUUUAUUAUACUCUUAAUUCUGGAUUAAUUCGUCAUUUUGUUAGUUGGAGAAACUUUUUAGAUGUAUUUGAUGCUCUGAUAUCCUCUAACAUUCUCUGUAAAAGGAAUGAUGGAACUGUCAUGAUCAUUCACCCAACAUUAAUUGACUGGUUAAAGAAUCAAAAAGAAAAAUUUUAUAUAAAUAUCAGGAAUGGUCAUGCAAUGAUUGCUUUACGAUUGAUGCGCUUGGAACAUCCUGUAGAAAGUGAAAAGAUUCUUGAACUAUCCUACCAUAUCUUAAAUGCUGAAAUGUUUGAGAACGAAUCCUUAAAUGCUCUUGCUCUUCUUUUAAGCAGCUCGGAUGUAAACACUGCUUUUAGCAAUCCUCGCAAUUUAUCUAAUCCUGAUUUCCAAAUUAAUAAGUUACUUAUGAAAGCAAAAGCAGAUCCAGAUUUCAUUACCGAUUAUUUGAAUGGAUCUAGUGCACUCUCUUGUUUUUCAUAUUACGGUUGUAUGGAUUUAGUAGAAUUAUUAAUCAAACACGGUGCCGACUGUAAUAUUAAAUCCAAAUUGGGACAGACUGCUUUGCAUUUAGCUGCUGAAAAAGGAUACAUUUCAAUCAUUCGUAUACUGAUAGAAAAUGGUUGCCAAAUAAAUCACGUUGAUAAGAAUGGUGCCACAGCUUUAGUUUUAGCGGCAUCUAAAGGACAUCUAGAAAUUGUACGCCAUUUGUUAAGUUACAAGUUACCGGAUAUCAUUAAAUCUUUUAGUCAAAAUACAGAGAAAGCGCUAAUUGCAUCUAUUUUAGGUGGCCAUUAUGAUAUUUGUAAGUUUUUUCUGGAAUCAAAAACACUACUCAACUACAUGGAUCCGGAAAGUGGUCACACACCAUUAACUGCGGCUUGUACGGUUGGUCACCGUGAUAUUGUGGAAUUAUUAAUUAAACAUGGUACUCCGAUAAACGUUAAAAAUAAGAAUGGAGUUUCCGUCAUGGCUUGUGCCGUUUCAGAGGGACAUUUGGAUAUAGUUCAAUAUCUAUUGAACUACAUCCGUCCUAAUGAAUUAGAUAAACAAGUAGAUGAAAAGAGUCGCACUCCAUUGAUGAUUGCAGCUAGUAAGGGGAAAAUUGAUAUUAUGGAUGUAUUGGUUUCAAAAGGAGGAGCUCUGAUUACAACAAAAGACGAAAAUGGUUUUUCCGCAUUAUCCUGGGCUUCUAUGAAUGGUCAGAUCCAAGCUAUUACUUGGUUACUGGAAAGGGGAGCCGAUAUUAAUGGCACAGAUUCUUUUGGAAGAACUCCUCUAAUUUUAUCAGUUACAGAAUCUAAUGUAGAAGUCGUACAAAUGCUUCUGAAUAACGGAGCUUGCAUAAAUCAUGUAGAUAAAAAUGGUUUUACAGCAAUAGACAGAGCAAUCGAAAUUUCUAACAUAGCGAUUGUAAAUAUACUCUUAAAAAGCGGAGCUAAAUUAGGUCCGCAAUCUUGGGCGACUGCCGAUAAUAAUCCAGAAAUGAUUAUGUUGCUCUUAGGAAGAUCAUGGAAUAGAAUUAAAUCAAAGGAAGAAGAAUUUCGAAAAUCGGAAGUUUUUACACACACUUCAUCUUGGUGGAAACUUUACGAAUGUCCUUUAACGAUGAAUGGUGAUCAAACUUUGUAAAUCAUUAAAUGCCUGCAUGUUGUGAGUUUAAGAUGUAAUCUAACCUUAGAUACAUUCCAGAUUUAUAGUUCCUUAUUUAUAUGAGCAAAAAAUCAAACUGAAGUUUGUGUUCAAUAUAGGUCUGUUAUAAAUUUGGAAUUUGAUCUAUAAACUGUUUGAAUAAAAAGAUUUUGUUUUGAA